UGUUCUCAUACAGACUUGUUUUCCUCGCGCAACUGCUCGCUGGUUUUUUGAAAAUAGGUAUACAAAUUUAGUAUAUUGAUACCUACGCUAAACAAUAUUUAAUCUCGUUAUUUUAACUGUAUGCUGAUUACAUAGAUUUUAUAGACCAUACAUCUAUAAAACGCUGUAAAUUUUAAAUUUGAAUCAAGAUCUAUUUAUUGGUUUCCCAUAAGGUAUAUCGUGGAGCGUAAUAAUAACGAUAGUUCCUAGAUGUCAAUAUUUAAAUGUUCUGUUAUAUUGUGAAGUGUCUGCAGAAUGUCGUUAUGACGACGGCGGUGACUUUAUCAUCGGUUACCUCUUCAGACCGCGGCGGACUACACACGUCCGUGUACUUUUGGUUGAUGCUGUUGGCCGUGUGCCAAUGUCUGUCUGGGACACCGACCACGGCGUCGACAACCCGCCAUUGGAGUUUGGCCGAACUAACGGUGACGUCUAGCGAACUGCCCAAGCAGAUACCGGCGCCGCCUUAUCCCGUACAACAGAGGAUUCAGUCGACUCCGCACUACGACCAACAGCUGAAAUUGCCGUCGGGAAACGGCGUGGGUUCGCGACACCACUACUACCCGUGGACCCGACCGACGGUGUCAAUAAUUAUUUGAGAAGACAACCAUAGUAACCAUUACCCUCAGUCCCCGUCGUUAUUAUGGCUCUUCCGACAAUUUCGUCGCUAUAUAUACAUUUACCUAUUUUAUGACCACCGUUUCGAGCCCGGGAACCAGAACCGAACCGAAACGGGCCGGUUCCUCUUUACGGAUAUUAAUCAUCCGUAUAAGUUACCCAUACGACUCAUACGAGUCAUGUACGUAAACGACGUAAACAUAUUUAACCAGAACCCACAAGUCAGCACAGUCAUUACUUAUUGGACCCUAAACCAUUCCAAUUCCUUCAGGUAAAAAUAACCCGAACUUUUAGUAUGUCAAGCACGAGAAGCGCUAAUAUCCUAUCCAAAAAACCGGAGCAGAUAUGCAAAUCAAAUUAUAUAAAAGGUUCCAGUUCCUGAAUCACCACCUUUAGUGAAGUCGGUUUAACGAUAUUAAACCAAUCAUAAUUAUAUUGUUAUUCCUUAUUUGGCAUUUUUAACUGUUAUAAAAACUAUAUAGGUAGGUUACCUAUUACAUAAAAAAUACAUAAAUGAGACAUGUAGCGGCGACCAAAGUUACCAGCUGGCUAACCACAAGUACUUAUAUUAUGUUACCUUUACGUUGUCUUUUUUUUUUUUUUGCAAGUACCUAGGUAUCUAGAUUUAAGAUGUAUCUUACCGAUCGGUAGCUAUACUUGUAUUUUUAUAUUAUUAUGUUAUUUAUUUAUUUUUAUAUUUAAAAGUAAUCAGAUAAUUUUAGAUGUGAAAUUAUUACACAAAUUCACAGCAUAUAACUUAUAUAUCAAAAAAUAUAUUUAACUACACAAUAUCUAUUUGUUUAUAGCAUAAAUCUACCUAUUGUAUUUUGCAUAUUUAUUGUAUUAUUAUAAUUGUUUGAUAUGUUACUUAAGACAAGUAAUUGUUGAUAAUAUAUUUAAUAAUAACUUAUAGAUUUAAGGCCAUGCUAUGCUUUAUGAAGAAGAAACCUAGCAACCAAGAAAGAAAUUUUAAGAAAAUCUUUUUAUAAGGCUAAAAAUUAAAAUACAAUUUUAAAAAUUGUAUACCGUAAAAUCUAUGAAGUGCUUUAGCUCAAAUUUUUUUUUUAGUAUUGUGAACAAAAUUUAAUCAGUUAUUCAUAAUGAAUGUUAAAAAGGUAGGUAUUUCAAAUCUAUGUAAUAAAUAAAAGACCCAGGGAACUUACUCUGUUGUAUAGAAACUGUACCUCCAAGCGAUAA